UACGGAGCGAAGAGACAGAAGCAAUGGGGAAUGGUCGUGGUCGUGGCCUGCCUCACCAAUCACCUUCUCCUCCCGAUCCUUUUUCUCUAUCUCUUCACCGUCGUGUAUUCACGCUGUGCGGAGGCUCGAAGACCCGCGAUGCUCCCUGACAGGCUGGACGCCGUGAAGCGGCAGCAGAGGCGGGGGACCCUGCCGCGAAGGGCGCCGCUGCGACCCGGCUUCUGGCGUUUCGUCGCGGACCGAUCCGUCCAGCUCCUCUACUAUCCCCUCUACGGCAAGAAGGCCCUCGUGCGUCGGUUCCGCGAGAUGCAGCGGGCGCAGGCCGGCCAGGACCUCUUCGACCUCGCCGUGUUCUCCCUCUUCUACGCGGCUCUCCUCCUGACGAUCGACGCGAGGCGGCACGGGCCGUACCGCCGCUUCGUCGCGGGCGUGAAGGUCAUGGCCGGGGUCCGUCACACCUACGGCGGGGUCGAGGGGUCUCCGUUCCGGAAUCCCACAGAGGACUUUCCUUUCCAGGAAGUCCGAGACAAGAGGCACGUGUUCCCUUUCCUGAACCACAGCCUUCUACCGGCACUCCAUCCCGAGCGACUUUACAACGGAGCCGCCUUCGAGAACGGGAACGGACUGGUGGGAGAUUUCGCCAGCCAUCUCGUCUCGCUUCCGAGAAUCAGGCAAUAUCGAGUUAAAAACGAUUCCUGCGACGUGCACGAGCUGGUGAAGAAAUAUAACCUGAGCCGGGAAUGCAAAUCCGUGUAUUCCGAGAUGACGGAAGAAAGGCGGGAUUUUUCUCCCGGUUGGCGUCCCCUGCCGUCCCGGACUCCGCGUCCCUUCCGCGCCGGAGAGACCGCCUUCCGAUAUCAGACCGACGAGGAACUCGGAAUCUACAGCUUUUAUGGGGGAAAUGACUCAUCUGAUGAUCUUGUGCUUCUCGUGGAAUCUAUUGGCGACGAUGCAGAAGAAUCCUCGCAAUUCGACUACAAUUACGGUUGGAAAGACGAUUCACCCGGCGUCGAGAUCUUCGGAGGAGAUGAAAACGAGAAAGGCAGUGUCCUGUACGAUGACAAGUGCAUCUACUCCAGCUCUCUUCUUCUGUGGAAAAAGGAUUUCGACUUCGACACCAUCACCACGGCAGAGAUCCGAGACAAAGUCACCAAAGCCCUGGACGACGAGUGA